AUGGUUCACAAAGACGGUGCCCGAAAGGCAACAUGUUCACCAAACACUACAUCCUACUGCGAGGAGUCAGCCACGACAAGUGCAAGAUCAUCGAGAACUUUCUUCGACAUCAGCGACAUGCGGCGCGUUCGAGACGACAUGCCGUGGCAGCUGUGGGUGGUCGCGUUCAUUGCGUUCUGGGAGCGAGCGGCGUUCUGGGGCAUCACCGGGCCGUGGCAAAACUACAUGCAGCAUCCUCCGCAUUAUGAGAAGGGCCAGACACCAGGAGCGCUCGGUCUUGGCCAGUCAAUGGCGACGCGGAUAUACUGUGCUUUCUACAUUCUGUACUACACGACGCCCACCUUAUUUGCCAUUCUGGCGGACAGCUGGCUGGGCCACUUCACGACGUUGGUCAUCAGCGUGGUCAUCUAUUGCCUUGGAUGUGCCGCUUUGACUGUGAGCUCAAUACCCAGCCAGCUGGACAGGGGCUGGGGACUGCCAGGCCUCGUCAUUGCAAUGGCGUUGAUUGCCCUGGGAGGCGGCGGCUUCCGCGCUAUUAUGGCGCCUUUCAUCGCGGACCAGUAUACGGAAGAGAAGACGACCAUCAAGACACUCAAAUCUGGCGAGGAGGUCGUCACGGACCGCCAGCUGACGCUGCAGUACAUCUACAACCUGUACUUCUGGGUAGGCAACCUGGGAUCUCUGUCGUGGUUCGUGACUGUCUACCUCGAAUUGCACACGGGGUUCACGCCGGCGUACGCUCUCUGUCUCGGGUUCAUGGUGGUUGCGGCGAUAAUGCUCGUCCUCGGACAGAAAUGGUACAUUAGGACGCCACACGAAGGCAACGUCUUGCCGGCAGCCAUCCGGAUCGUCACCUGCGCCGGUCGACAUGGAUUCAAGAUGGCCCACGCUCAGCCCGAGUACCAGCUUGAACACCGUCAACAUGUCGUCUCGUGGAGCGGCCAGCUGGUGGGCGAGGUCACUCGGGGUCUGCAAGCCUGCCGCGUUCUCGUUGCGUUUGUUAUCUUCUACGUCUGCUUCGACCAGAUGCAGAACAACCUGAUCUCGCAGGCGGCCGAGAUGGAAACGCACGGCACACCAAACGACCUCGUCCCGGCGAUGAACCAAGUCGGCUGCAUCGUCUUCGCCCCGCUGAUCCAGGAAGUCCUGUACCCGUUUCUGCACCGCCGACGCAUCUACCUGCGGCCCGUGACGCGCAUCUCCAUCGGCUUCUGCUUCGUUGCAGCCUCCAUGCUCUACGCAACCCUAUUGCAGCACUUCAUCUACGCUUCGCCGUCGGCCAAAGUCAACGUCUGGAUCCAAGCGCCGUUGUACUUCCUCCUCGCCAUCGGCGAAGUCUUCGCCAUGGUCACCGCGAUGGAGUACGCGUACGAGCACUCGCCCAAAGCCAUGAAAGCCAUUGUGCAGGCCGCGAGUCUGCUCAUCGCGGGCGUUGGGUCCGCCGUCGCCAUGGCGCUGACACCCGCUGCGCACGAUCCGCUGAUGGUCGGCUUCUACGCGUCGCUCACGGGCGCCAUGGUGCUGACGACUGUCGUCUUUCAUGUCGUCUUUCGCCACUACGAUAGGCCUGUGGAAGCGAAGGACGGAGACGUGGAUGGCGAGACAGUGGUGGAGACGGGGCUGCUUGGACCGUCUCGACCCGCGCCGGCCGUACAGGUGGGUGGUGUUGAGACGGUGAAGACAGCGGCUGAGGUCGAAGUGAGGAGUGUUGGAGAGUGUUGA